AUGUCUGGAAACUCUUCUGUCGGACAGGCCUCAGUCUACGAGGCCGGGGAUCAGCGCAAUUACAAAAAGUCAGAGAUCAACAAGUCAGACCCAUACAAUGAGGGGAAGGAGAACUCCCAUAAUAUCUUGGAUUCCAAGGAUGAGCGAUCCAUCGCCAACAAACUAGCAGCUGCAGAGCGCCAGGGAGAGCCCGAGGAAGAUCUGGAAACGAAAUUGGGCAAGAAGGACCCCACAUUGCCUGCAAAAAUUCACGGUAACGAGCCGUCCAAAGGCGCCAAGAUUGACGCUGAGUUGCAAGCCGAGGAGCAGGAACUUCUCAAGAAUAAGGGCAAGGCGUAA